GUGUCCCGCGCAGGCGCUGGGCGAGGGCGAGCAGGUGCGGAUGACCUCGGAGGGCUCCGACUGCCGCUGCAAGUGCAUCCUGCGGCCGCUGAGCAAGGAGGCCUGCGGGCGAGCGCGCGACGGCAGCCUGCGUGCCGAGGACUUCUACACCGUGGAGACGGUGAGCUCCGGGGCCGACUGCAAGUGCUCCUGCACCGCGCCGCCCUCCUCGCUCAACCCCUGCGAGAACGAGUGGAAGAUGGAGAAGAUGAAGAAGCAGGCGCCCGAGCUCUUCAAGCUGCAGUCCAUGGUGGACCUGCUGGAGGGGACGCUCUACAGCAUGGACCUCAUGAAGGUCCACUCCUACAUCAGCAAGGUGGUGGCCCAGAUGAACACCCUCGAGGAGACCAUCAAGAGCAACCUGAGCAGGGAGAGCGAGCAGGUGAAGCAGAGCGUCCUGCACCUCAGCGACCAGAUGCGCCGCUACGAGAACUACUCCGACAUCAUGAUGGGCAUCAAGAAGGAGAUCUCCAACCUGGGCCACCAGCUGCUGCAGAAGGACGCGGCAGCCGACAGCAAGGCGCAGGUAGGGGCCCGGCUGCCCUCGUGCGAGGGCACCCUGGCCUCGGUGGAGCCCCCGACCGAGCAGCACAGCUACGGGCGCAACGAGGGCGCCUGGAUGAAGGACCCGGCGGCCAAGGACGACCGCGUCUACGUCACCAACUGCUACUACGGCAACAGCCUCGUGGAGUUCAGGAGCCUGGAGAGCUUCAAGCAGGGCCGCUGGAGCAACGUCUACAAGCUGCCCUACAACUGGAUCGGCACCGGGCACGUGGUCUAUCGCGGCGCCUUCUACUACAACCGUGCCUUCACCAAGAACAUCAUCAAGUACGACCUGCGGGAGCGCUACGUGGCUGCCUGGGCGCUGCUCCACGACGUGGUCUACGAGGCCGCGACGCCCUGGAAGUGGCGGGGCCACUCGGACAUCGACUUUGCCGUGGACGAGAGCGGGCUCUGGGUCAUCUACCCGGCGGCGGAUGACGACUACGCGCAGCAGGAGGUGAUCGUCCUGAGCCGUCUCGACCCCGCGGACCUCUCUGUGCGCAAGGAGACCACGUGGAGGACGGGGCUGCAGCGCAGCGCCUACGGCAACUGCUUCGUGGUGUGCGGCGUCCUCUACGCCGUGGACACCUACAGCCAGACGGACGGGCACAUCUCCUACGCCUUCGACACGCACACGGACACCGAGGCGGACCCCAGGCUGCCCUUCCUCAACCAGUACGCCUUCACCACGCAGGUCGACUACAACCCCAAGGAGAAGGUGCUCUACGCCUGGGACAACGGCCACCAGAUGACCUACAGGCUGCACUUCGCGCUGUGAGCGCCCG